AUGCCAGCUUCGACUUCAAAAGGCGAAGACUACCAGAACAUCUUCCAUUGGGCUGAGACACAACAAGAUGGCGCGAUUCCUUCGUUCGCUGUGAGGAAGAAUGAUCCAUACGAGUAUCAAGCAGGCUUCGGUAAUCACUUCGAGUCCGAAGCCGUUCCUGGAACUAUUCCACAAGGUCAAAACAGUCCGAGAUGUGUGAGAUUCGGAUUGUAUGCAGAACAAAUGACAGCAUCAGCAUUCGUUGCUCCUAGACCCAGUAACAAGAAUGCAUGGCUGUACAGAGUUCGUCCGGCAGUUGCUCAUGAAGGAUUCACGGAUAUGCCAGACAACAAGGACACGGAGUCCAACUUCAUGCCAAUCAAUCCUAGAGUUCACAUCUCACCAACUCAACUUGCAUGGCUACCCUUCGAUAUCCCUACCGAGGGAGGUAUCGAUUUCGUAUCUGGCUUGAAGACGGUAGCCGGCUCAGGCGAGCCGACCCUCCGAGAGGGGAUUGCCACACAUGUGUACACCGCAAAUACCAGCAUGUCCAAAAAGGCAUUUGUAAACUCAGAUGGAGACUUCCUGAUCGUUCCCCAACAAGGAGCAUUGGAUAUUCAAACAGAAUUCGGUCCUAUUUUUGUGCAGCCAGGCGAGAUCUGCGUCAUCCAGAGAGGAAUCCGGUAUCGAGUGGAGCUCCCAGAUGGUCCUUCGAGGGGUUAUAUACUGGAGGUCUGGGGAGCAAACUUUGAACUUCCGGAACUGGGACCACUUGGAGCGAAUGGACUUGCAAACUCACGUGAUUUCCUUACUCCGAAGGCGAAGUACGAGAUCAAGAAGGAGCGAUGGGAAAUCGUGUACAAACUCGGUGGAAAAUUCUUCAAGAGUACACAAGGGCACUCACCCUUCGACGUUGUUGCGUGGCAUGGAAACUAUGUGCCAUACAAGUAUGAUCUAACGAAGUUUGUCAAUGUUGGUUCAAUCUCAGUCGACCAUAUCGAUCCAUCCAUUUUCUGCGUUCUCACAGCCAAGUCUCGCGACCCUACCGCCCCUCUCGCCGACUUCCUCAUCUUCUCCCCUCGCUGGGAUGUCGCAAGUCACACCUACAGACCGCCAUACUACCACCGCAACGUGGCAUCGGAACUCAUGGGUCUGAUUUACGGUGAAUAUGGAGGUCGAUCAGACUCCUUCCAACCGGGUGGUGUCUCGUUCGAGUGCGGUAUGGUUCCUCAUGGAGUAGCUUACGAGGAGUUCAAAGCUGCUUCUGCCGAGCCUCCGCCAGAGAUGCAGAUCUCGAAAGGAGCAGUCGCAUUCAUGUUUGAGAGUAGUAGACCUUUCACCAUCACCGAUUAUGCGUGGAAUAGCAAGAAGAAGCAUGAGCAUGAGCCUAAGAUGUGGGAUAAUUUGGUGGAUAACUUCUCCACGCAUCAGAAGGAGAUUGAGGAAAUAUUGAGCAAGACGAAAGAGUUGAAGAUCUCGAAUGGGAAUGGAUUUGCCAGCGGUAGCGCAUGA